AUGUCUAUGGUAGCCAAACGUCUCUUCACCACCCAAUCAAUCGAAUCAGCCAAAAAGAUUCUUUCCUCAUUACCAAAGAGCAACAUGGAUCAAAAAAUCAAAGAUUUACUCGAGAAAAACGCUGACAUCGCCAAAAAAUAUAACUUAAAAUACACCCCAAAGACUGAACAAGAACAAUUAAAUGAAAUCGUAGAAAUCACCAACUCAUUCAAAAAAGCAGGAGAAAAAGCUUUCGAAGCUAUGGGUAAAGCAUACAAAGAUGUUCAACCAAUUGAAACUAAAACCGUCAAGGAUUUCAUUCCAGAAUACACUGCUUAA